CCGAAUCAUAUGAUCGACUACAAACAUUACAUAGGGGUGGAUCCGAAACAAGUAAAGUGUUGUGAAGCCGGAAUCGGAAUAAUUUCGUCUCGCUUUGCUUCUCCGUCGUAGAUUUGGUAGUGUUGGUUAGAUUUUGAUUCAGCUGCAUCGGGAAUUCUUAAGCAAAAGAGUUCGCCUUUAACGGGUUCACGUCGUUGCAGCAAAAUGUCAUUUGAGCAAGACGACGAGGAUCAGUACGUGGGAUCGUUUCCUAAGGACUUUGGUUACGGUGGUUACGACCAGGAUGGAGAAGCUGGAGGCGCUCUCUCCGGCGAGCAGAAGCCUAGAAUCCUUCUCAUGGGGCUCAGGAGGAGUGGCAAAUCAUCGAUUCAAAAAGUGGUGUUUCACAAAAUGUCUCCGAACGAGACCCUGUUCCUCGAGAGCACGAAUAAGAUAAUCAAAGACGACAUCUCCAACUCGUCGUUUGUCCAGUUUCAAAUUUGGGACUUUCCCGGUCAGAUCGACUUUUUCGAUCCCAACUUUGACUCUGACAUGAUUUUCGGCGGCUGCGGCGCCCUCGUCUUUGUGAUCGACGCGCAGGACGAUUACAUCGAGGCGCUGGCCAAGCUGCACCAGACCGUGACCAAAGGCUACAAAGUGAACCCUAGCAUUAAGUUUGAAGUGUUCAUCCACAAAGUAGACGGCCUGUCGGACGACUUCAAGAUGGAAACUCAGCGCGACAUCCACCAAAGAGCCUCCGAGAACCUCGCAGAAUUAGAUUCAGGCUACGACCAAAUCCACCUGAGCUUCCACCAGACUUCCAUCUACGACCACAGCAUAUUCGAAGCCUUCAGCAAAGUCGUGCAGAAACUCAUUCCCCAACUUCCUAUCCUAGAAAACUUGCUCAACAUUUUGAUCUCUAACUCUGCGAUUGAGAAAGCAUUUUUGUACGACGUGGUGUCGAAGAUCUACAUCGCGACGGACUCUUCUCCGGUGGACAUGCAGAGCUACGAGCUGUGCUGCGACAUGAUCGACGUGGUUAUAGACGUGUCCUGCAUCUACGGAGUUUAUUGCCCUUUUGCCCUGAAGGAGGACACGGACACCGCAGCUUUCGACAAUGAGAGUUCCAGCAUCAUCAAGCUCAACAACGGCACUAUCCUCUACUUGCGGGAGGUCAACAAAUUUCUUGCCCUUGUCUGCAUCCUCCGGGAAGACAACUUUGACAGAAAAGGCACGAUCGACUACAACUUUCUGUGCUUCAAACAAGCCAUCCAGGAGGUGUUUGAGGUGCGCAACAAGCAGCUCUCGUUUGCGGGCAACAGCAACCACUUGGCCGAGCACGUCGGCUCUGAAGAGGCGGGCGGCGAGCUCGUCAACGGCCAGCAACACAGCUGAGCCGCCGAAUAAUGUGAUCUUUUAGCCCUCUCGUAGGAUGUGUCAGCUGUUAUUUUUCUAAAUGAAAGGUACGACUUUGAUUUCUCUCCUCUUGCCUCGAAUCUGUCGAAUGUAUUUUCGCUAUUCUUAAAUGUGGAAAUCAACAAGCGAGCUUGCCAGGCUUGUCUCACAUCCUUGGAAAAUAAAUUCUUAUUUAUCUUAGAAAUCGUUUAGCUUUUUUACCUUACAUGCAAUAACUAGGAUAUUGUGUGCUACUCACUCUCUUAUUUGUAAAUUAAUUUUAAUCCUCUUAAUUAUUGCUCUAGUGCCAUUAUUUACGUUUAUCUAAAAUUUUGUUAAGAAAAUAAAGGAAAAACAGUUUAAUUUGAUGUUGGUGUAAAUUAUACGCAGACGUCUAUUUUCUUUAAUAAAUGAAAUGUUUAUCAUCA